AUGGAAGCGGGGUUGUUAGACAAGGCUGUAGGGGUAACGGAAGGGCCGCUGGUUUUCUUCAAAGAGGAAUCCAGAUCUUUAGCCGUCCAUCCACGCGUGCACGUUGAAGGGGAGUCUAGCGCGGUGGCGAGCGUUCGCCACCGACUGGAGGCGGAGUUUGGUGAUUCAGUUGGCUUUGCGCAGAGUCGCCCGACGGCAUUUGAAGUGUUGCAGCCCGGUAUUGACAAGGGGGAGGCACUGCGGCUGCUGUCUGCGGUCUUGGGGAUUUCGCCGGAAGAAGUCUUAGCUGUAGGUAACGCCCACAACGACUUGCCAAUGUUCAAAGUAGCAGGCACAGCAGUGGCGGUCACGGACGGAUAUGACGACGCGAAGGAAGCACUAGACUUCAUAACAGUUCCCAGCACCGAAGGCGCGCUGAUGCAGGUGUCGCUGUACGUAAAAGCCCACCUCUACCUCCACAGCCCGUCGCCAGAGGAGGCAGCCCGAGCCACAAGUGGGAUGGAUGCCGACGACCACCUCAUUAUUCAUUUAUUCCGUUUCCCCUACGGAGGUGCGAAGAAUAGGUGGUUCUAUUUCCGCAGCGGAGUGCAAGCUAUACGAGGAACAAGUCAUAUGGGUAUCGACGAUCACCUCAUUGUUUGA